CAUGAAAUUGUCCAAAUGUUGUUGGGCUCAUCUGAAGGCCACCACCAAAGGUUUGGAGGCUCUUUAGCUAUGACUCUAGCAGACAAUUGGCGACUCUCUACGAACUGUGCACUUUCAGCAUGCGCUGACCCCACUACCAAGCCCUGUCAUGUGACGAUGGCCUACCACUUGGUGGCUGAGUUGCUGUUCCCAGUUGCUUCCACUUUGUUUCUAAUCCCACUAACAGUUGAGCGUGGAAUAUUUAGUAGCCAGGAACAAUGUCACGGAUGGACUUAUUCGCCCCAGUGGAGGCCUCCUAAUCACAGGACCACACUUGGAGUCACUGAGCUCCUGAGAGCGACCCAUUCUUUCACCAAUGUUUGUAGAAGCAGGUCCCUGCAU